AGGAAGAAAAUUCGUGAUAUAAAACUACACGGAGGAUAACAAAAAUAUUGUAAAAAUGGUCGACCUCGGAGGAUACAUCAUCAUUCUGAUGAACGACAAUGGCAAAAUCAAACUUUACGGCUCUUCAGCGGACAACGCAGAUAAUCCGGAGGUUGGAGAUGAAAUACUCGAGGUCAACGGUCGUACUCUGGAGAACGCAACCGACGCUGAAGUCAGCCAGUACAUACACCAGUGCAUCAAAUCGGGCACGAUAAGUCUUCAGGUGACGAGAAGAACAGGCAACAAAAUGAAAGAACUGGAUGGACCGAACGCCGAUCGGAUAAGAGACGCCUGGGUCAUAGCACUCGAGAGGGGAGCCAGGGAACGACUACAAAAAUUGCCUGCCCUCCGGAAAAUCCAACCGAGAGAUAUUCAGGCGAUUCUACAUCAGCAGAUUACCGAUGGUUCAGCAUCAACGAGUGCCCGCGAAACGCCCAAGAAGGACGUAACCAACAGUCACAUAACGGUCACUUUAGCAGAUCCGACGAAUCGGAACGUUCCACCAAAAUUGAGCAACGGAACAGUGCUGAAAGGUGUUGGUAAAGAGGACGAAGAUUCCAAGGAUCGUAAGGAUUUGGAGAAGCAGCGAAGUUGUCCCGAAGAAACGAAUUUACUCCAACCUGUACCGGGUGGAAGAAUCGGCGAACGUCGAGCCAGCAGUCCGUUCCAAAAUGGACGUACCGAAGUGCUGAUCGGCGAGCCAGAGGGCGCUCCACGGUCACCGAGAGGAUCAACUUCUUCGGCAACGAACGAUGUCAAUCUCCUGAUUCCACCUGGGGAUUCGGAUUAUCCGGAAUCCAUUUACAAGUCACGAAGACGAAGUAAUAGUGGCGUUGGUGACAUUCACCUGCAGCCGUCACAGCUGCAGGAGAACAAUAACGGUGUCUCGAGGGAAAUCGUCAAGGGAGGUGGGGUUGAUUCUCGUGACACUCGAGUCGAUAUUACGAGUGGGCCAAAUGAGAUGUGGGCACCGGGGUCAUCCCCGGGUCACAAUCGGGAGCUCCCCGUCGACGUGCCCGACAGUCUUCUACAGCAGGCAUACGCAAACAAGCAGUCGGGACUCAACGGUGUCAAACCUGCGAUACCGCCGAGAGAUCAAAAAAGGGCACCGGCAAGGCCACCCAAGGACAGUAUCACACUGUCAACGAGAAACAACAAUAUCGAGCAAACGGACAAUGCAAACACUCCGGAACCUACGCAGCAACAGCUGCACUCCAUCAGAAAGUAUCAGGAACAAUUACGAAAACGAAAAGAGGAAGAUGAGAAACAAGAAUAUCUCAACCGUUCGAUGCGUGACUCGAAAAAAUUGCAGGCACUCGAAAGCCACACGACGACACUUUCUGGACAGGAAAAUCCUGCUUACGCACAAGACGAGGUGACGAGUACACCACGCUCGUCGCACGGGACGCCAGGACAAACGACACCUCGAGAGGUCGAAGAACCUCCCAAAGUUUUGACUUACGGAGAAGUCGUCGCGACUCUCGAGAGGCUGCAACUUCAGCUCCGAAAUCUUUCCGGUGCCCUGGGCAUCUCAGGGCCCGGAGUUGAGGCCGAGCUCGAGGCGGUUAGAACGCUUUUGGUACAAAGGAGGUUCGCAACCGCCCUUGCGACUCAUCAAGCUCUCAAGACUCGUCUAAGAACUGGAAAAGUUCUUAAACAUCACGAUGACGAUGCCUCCAAUCUUGCUAGAGACUGCGUUGAGGUCCUGGAGGAGUGGCAAACGACGAGUAUCUGCAGCGGUGAGACGCGUGCGACGGUUGAGGAGUUAACGGGUUUAUUGACGAGUUACGAAAUGGAGGGGCUUUUAUUGGCCCACGAUUCGAUAAUAUCGUACGUCGAUGGUAUACAGAGGAAGACAAGUUCGUCAUCGUCGUCGCCGAGUCGUUCGCCAAGUCCGUCCUCGAGUUUACCAGGAACGAGGAAUACGGACAACAUUAAAAUCAUUAGAAUUGAAAAAACAAACGAGCCUCUCGGUGCUACUGUUAGAAACGAAGGCGACGCUGUUAUUAUCGGGCGAGUUGUUCGUGGCGGAGCUGCCGAUAAGUCAGGCCUCUUCCACGAGGGCGACGAAGUCCUAGAGGUCAACGGGGUCGAAAUGAGGGGCAAAAGCGUCAACGAAGUUUGCGAUAUUUUGGCCGGCAUGCAAGGCGGCUUAACCUUCCUUGUUUUACCGGCUUCCACUAAUCAACGGAAUAAUCUCACCAACAACAGACGCGAGGACAAUAAUCAGAUUCAACACGUUCGGGCUCACUUUGACUACGACCCUGAAGAAGAUCCUUAUAUUCCGUGUCGCGAAUUGGGCGUCAGCUUCCAGAAAGGAGACGUUCUCCACGUUAUAUCGCAAGAAGACUCGAACUGGUGGCAAGCUUAUCGGGAAGGCGAGGAGGACCACACUCUCGCUGGUCUCAUACCGAGCCGGGCUUUCCAACACCAACGAGAAUCUAUGAAGCAAACAUUCGCCGGUGGCAAAUCGACGAUACGGGGCUCUAAAAAGUCCAGCACGCUACUGUGCACCCGAAAAAAUCCAAAGAAGAAAAAAAAAGGGACGAAGUUUGGACUCAACUUCAACGACGAAGGGUACCCCCUUUAUGCCACGACGACGAUAGACGAUUACGACAGCGAGGAGGUUCUUACGUACGAAGAAGUGGCGCUCUAUUAUCCACGAGCUAAUCACAAAAGGCCGAUUGUUCUGAUUGGCCCACCGAAUAUUGGGAGGCACGAGCUUAGGCAACGACUGAUGCAGGAUAGCGAACGUUUCGCAGCUGCUAUUCCUCACACAAGCAGACCGAGAAAAGGGUCCGAGGUCGACGGCCAGGACUACCACUUCAUUUCCCGCUCGCAGUUCGAGUCGGACAUACUUGGACGUAAAUUCGUGGAGCACGGUGAAUACGAGAAAGCGUAUUACGGGACCUCGGUCGAGGCGAUACGUUCGGUCGUGAAUUCCGGCAAGAUUUGCGUCCUCAAUUUACACCCGCAGAGCUUAAAGAUUCUACGGAGCUCCGACCUCAAGCCCUACGUUGUUUUCGUCGCUCCACCGAGUCUCGAAAAAUUACGUCAAAAAAGGAUAAAGAACAAUGAGAGCUUCAAGGAAGAAGAGCUCAAAGACAUAAUCGAAAAAGCCCGGGAAAUGGAGGACAAGUACGGCCAUCUUUUCGACAUGAUAAUACUCAAUAACGAUACCGAUCGCGCGUACAAUCAACUACUCGGUGAGAUUAAUUCCCUCGAGAGAGAACCCCAAUGGGUGCCUGCGUCGUGGGUUCAGUGACGACCGAAUUCCGGUACAACGGUCAUUUAUGAGACUGUUUUUAAACUCGAUAUCGUACCGGAACGUGAAAACCGAUCACCCAAUCAAAAUACCAACCUCCUGCUCGAUAAUAAGAAUCGAUUUAACUCGAUUCCCAAUAACGAGCUCGAUGACAAGUUCAAUGGUGCUGUGCCACUCGACGAGCCCCCUGAAAAUCAUCUCAACGAUCCACACACUUUGAAUACCCUCAAUAAUCAUCCUUACAAUGAUUACAUCAAAAUUCCUUUUAAUAAUAUCAACGAUAAAUUCGUUGGGAACGAGGAAAAUCGUGAAUUUCCAUUUAUCAUCGCGUGCCAAAAUGAUGAAAUAUAAAUAUUUAUUAUAUUCUGAAUAAUUAUCUUCACUUUAUUCGCUUUAACGAAAUAUCAAUUGAUUAAUAAAUAUGGAAAGUUUAUUCAUAA